AUGAAAGUUAUUAUUAAUUUUGGUGAAAAAAAAGUCGUCGUACCAUGUGGUAUUGAUGGCAAUAUAUCUAUACGGGAAUUAAUUAAUUUAGCAACAGCAAAAUAUUGUAAAUUGUCAUACAAUAAUGGUUCAGUUUUGAACAGUGAUCAAGUUCAAUUAAGACUUAAUAAUGGUGCUGUUUUAGAUCCUGAUGAUCGAGUAUGUGAUGUAGCUGAUGAUCGAGAAGAGCUAUUUGCGAUUAUUGAUUGUCAACAAUCACAUUAUCCAUCAUAUACAACAACAACUAUAAAUAGCAAUGGUGAUUUAUCUUCAAGUGCAACUAGUUCAAAUUUAUCAUCAAGUUUAUCAGAACAUGAUCGUUUAAUGGUACCAAAUUCAAAUAAUCGUCAUGAAGUGAUUGUCACCGAUGCUGAUCUUCGAAGUAUGUCUAAUAUUUUAAUUUGA